AUGGAGACUCCUAUUGUCAAACUAGAUGGUCAGGAUUUAGAAACAGUCUAUGAACCAUCUGAAGAUUCAUUCUUACUUAUAGAUGCGCUAGAAGCGGAUUUGGAGAAAUUGAAAAAAGUCAAGCCAGUAAUGUGCUUAGAAAUUGGCAGUGGAUCUGGUGUAGUUAUAACAGCAUUGGCAAAGGCAUUGAAUCGUUUUUUUUCCUCUUAUUUCAUGGCAGUUGACAUAAAUCCUAAUGCAUGUAGAGUCACUAAAAGAGUUGGUAAAGACAACUCGGUUGAUAUAAAUGUUUUACAGAUGGAUUUGAUCAAUUUAGUAAAAAAGGAGAAUGUGUUUGAUGUUGUAAUAUUUAAUCCACCAUAUGUGGUUACAGAGUCCUUAGAGGUUUUUGAUCAAAGAUUAAUAUCAAAAACCUGGGCAGGUGGAAUAGAUGGUCGAGAAGUUAUGGAUAUGUUAUUUCCUCAUAUUCCAAAUAUUUUAUCGAACAAUGGAUUUUUUUAUUUAGUCACGAUUAAACAGAAUGAUCCGAUUUCGAUUAUAAAUAUUUUUAAGCAAUGGAAGAUGAACGGAGAAAUAAUAUAUGAUAGAAAAGUUAGAGGAGAACAUUUACACAUUCUACGGUUUGUAAAAAUAACAAGUUAGUAAUAUUAUCCUAUUUGCACUGUAUAAAACUAUUUAUUACUUUAUAAAAUUGUUCAUGCAUUCCAACUCGAAUCGUUUCAUCAAUAUUGAAAUUCUAAAUUAAUUGGAGUUUACGGCCAUUGAGAUGAAGAUAAAAUUGGCAGUCAGAACUAGCAGCUGAAUAUGCUAACUAUGAUUAAAAUAAGGUAAUGAAGCUCAAUAAUCGAGAUUUUGUCAAAUCUCAU